AUGAAGCUACAACAUUUGAUCAUUUGUGUUUUGAUGUAUUUGGUUCUAACCAAUCAAGAAGAAAAAGAAAAUCAGAUGCUAUCGACUCCUGGAUUUACGUUUGAUGAAGACUACUUCAAUUCCAUUCUCAAUUCCACACUUCCUAUCGUUGACAGUGAGUCAUCUGCUCCUUGCAGUGUAACCGUGCCUGGAUUUAAUAGCUUGGGCCUGAUGAUCACCUACAUUAUUGUGUUUGUGCUCAGCAUGGUAGGCAACAGUGUUGUUGUCUAUGUGGUUUGCUACAUGAAGAGAGGCAGAGCCAGCACAGAUAUCUACCUGAUGCACCUGGCGAUGGCAGACCUUCUCUUCUGUUUUACCCUCCCGUUCUGGGCCGUCAAAAUUCAUUCUGGUUGGGUCUUCGGCAACUUCAUGUGCAAACUCCUUUCGGGCUUCCAGGAGGCGUCCGUAUACAGUGGUGUCUUCCUGCUGGUGUGCAUCAGUGUGGACCGUCACUUUGCCAUUGUGAGAGCUACGCGUGUCCUGCCUUCCCAUCAUCUGUUGGUUAAGGUGGUGUGCAGUGUGGUGUGGCUUGUAGCUGGAGUGCUGUCCUUACCUGUGGUGAUUCAGAGGGAGAGCAGAUAUGCUCCAGACCUGGAUCAGUUCAUUUGCUAUCAAAACCUUACAGGUGAAAGCAGCAACCACUGGCGUGUUGGUGUGCGCAUCCUGCGCCACACGGUGGGCUUUUUCCUGCCACUGGUAGUGAUGGCUGUCUGCUACGGCUGGAUUGUGGUGACGCUGUAUCACACACGUAAUCAACAGAAGCACAAGGCCAUGCGUGUCAUCCUGGCAGUGGUGUUGGCAUUCGUUCUGUGCUGGCUGCCUCAUAACAUCACUGUGCUCAUUGACUCACUCAGAAGAGGGGGAUCAAUCACAGUGGAGGUGUGCGAUACUCGCUACGCACUGGAAGUGAUGCUAAGAUUGACUGAAGUGUUGGCCUUCAUGCACUGUGCGGUGAAUCCAGUGUUGUACGCCUUCAUUGGGGAGAAGUUCCGUAAUCAGCUGCUCUUGGCUCUUUACAAACAUGGCCUCAUCAGCAAGAGGCUCCAGAUGGCUUUCAGGAAGGGCUCAGUCAGCAGUGCAGGGAGCAUAAGAUCUAGAAUCACCUCUGCUACCAUGUAAAUAUUAGGGGUAAACUGCUAGCCUCACUCUGUCCAAUAGUCAUAAAAUCCACCUCCAAACUGCUCUAAAGGUCACAAAUUAACUUGUUUGUUAAGUCUGUACAAAAACUGAAGUAUAAAGUAUUUCUUUCUUAACUGUAGAAGUACUGGUAGGAACACUCCCAUUCGAUGUAUCCUCAUACAACAGUUUGUAUGAUAUGUUACAAAUUAGUGCCACGUGAAUGACGUUACUAGGAUGGGUUUAAGUAAGUAAAGUUAUGUAGAAUAGGUUUACGAAAAUAAAGACACAGGUUAGGUGUAGGAAAGUAAAGUAACAUACAAAGUUAGGUUUAAGAAAGUUAAGUUAAUUCCACAGGUUGGGGUUAGGAAGGUAAAGUUUAAUAGGUUAGAUUUAAGACAAUUAAGUUGCACGUUAGGUUUAGGCAAGUAAAGGGAAGUUGGUUAGGUUUAGGAAAGUAAAGCUAGAUAUGCAGGUUAGGUUUAUGAAAAUAAAGACACAGGUCAAGUUUAGGAAAAGAAACAUGGUGACGACUUACUUUCAAAAACUUCACAGUUCAUUUGGUUUCAUACAGGACACAAUCACCAAUCUCCUGGGGGAGAGUCCUAUGUUUGUUUUACCCAUUCACCACUCCAACUCGUGUUGUUACAUGGACUUUUACUCCUUAUACGACUUCACUCUUUACUCCCGUCAGCACAUUGAUCACGUGAGUGCAGCCUUCCACAUUUUGUGGGUUAUCCAAAUUACAGGCUCAUGAUUACGUGGGUUAAAUGCGAAUUGCGGUGCAUUACUUUUCGUAGGUAUACAUACGAACAGUGCAAAACAGCCUGUCCCACUGGACAGAGCCAGGCUAGCCGUUUCCCCCAGUCUUUAUGCUAAGCUA